AGGACAUGUGCUAAUAAUGCCCUAAGCCGGUUAUAAAGACGUGGAAAUUGGGGGGAGAAAAAAAAAAAGGGAAAAAAAGGGUCUGUCCUUCCUGGGAUUCCUAGCCAAGGCCAGUCUGCUGUCGUGUGCGUGUGCGUCAGGGCUCUCCGGGCUGCAAUGGGGGCUUGAGAGCCGGGUCCCCCGCGCCGGGAAGGGAGCGCGGUGGCCGACACCGCCACCGCCACCGCCCCGGAGUCCGGCGCCGAAACCGCGGGCGGGCGGGCGGGAGGGCACCGGCUAAGGCCGGAGCUGCUUGGCGUGGCACUGUGCGGUGCAGCGGCUGCGCGGCGCGGUGCGGGCUUUUCCCAGGCGCCUCGGGGUCGGGUGGCCACCGGCGCGGCCGCGGGCUCUGAGCGCGACCGGCUCGCGGCGGCGGUGGCGGUGGCGGCGUGCGUGCCAGGGGCUGGGGGCUCCGCCGCCUCUCCUGCGGCUCACCGAGCUCCGCGCUUCCCUCUCUCCAGGGCAGGCGGCUUCGCAGAGCCCGCCCGCCUGCCGGCCAGCCGGGCCAGGCGCCCGCUUCUCCCGGGGAGACGGCAGAACCUUUUCUCCCCGCGCCCGCGCUUUCUCCAGCUUGGCUUCCACCGACUUUCCUAAUCGCCCGGACCGCAUCUGGAAGCUCCGGCUCCGGAGCUGCACAAAGCUCAGUUUUCAGGUGGCGAAACUGACUGGUCUGGUUAGAACGCGUCCAAGCCAAGCCGCAGUGCUGUUUGGAUUUUUAAAUUUCUCCUUCUGAGUGAGAAAAUAGCAAUCGAGAUGGAACCAUCCGCACAAGAGCUCCAGCUGGCAGCAUCAUCUUCUGACAAUUUAUCCAACUUCUGCCAAGACUCUGAAAUGCCAACAACUUCAAGGCCUGCACUUGAUGUCAAGGGUGGCACCUCACCUGUGAAGGAGGAUGCCAACCAAGAGAUGAGCGCCGUGGCCUACUCUAACCUUGCGGUGAAAGAUCGCAAAGCAGUGGCCAUUCUGCACUACCCUGGGGUAGCCUCAAAUGGAAGCAAGGCCAGUGGGGCUCCCACUAGUCCCUCGGGAUCGCCAGUAGGCUCUCCUCCUGCCACCCCUCCCUCUAAAUCCCCAUCCUUCAACCUGAACCCUGCCCCUCACUUGCUGGCCAGUAUGCAGCUGCAGAAACUUAAUAGCCAGUAUCAUGGGAUGGCUGACGCCACUCCGGGCCAACCUGGAGAGGCAGGGCCCCUGCAAAACUGGGACUUGGGGGCUCAGGCGGUGGGAGGGGCGGGAUCACUCUCUCCUUCUGCUGGUGCCCAGAGCCCUGCUAUCAUCGAUUCGGACCCAGUGGAUGAGGAGGUGCUGAUGUCGCUGGUGGUGGAACUGGGGUUGGACCGAGCCAAUGAGCUUCCGGAGCUGUGGCUGGGGCAGAAUGAGUUUGACUUCACUUCGGACUUUCCAUCUAGCUGCUGAUCCCAAAUGUCCCUAAAGAUGGAGGAAUAAAGCCACCAAUUCUGUUGUAAAUAAAAAUAAAGUUACUUGCAAAGAGA